GGAAGAUAUGCAAGAAUCUACUGGGACACUUUGAAACCUUAGAGCCGCGACAUCAAUCAACUGUUUUUAUGCGCUAAGUUCGUUCUCGCUUGAAGCCGUGGUGGAUGUAAGUGAGUACUGUACCUUCCUAUGUAUGGACUAAAACCAAAAAACAACGCCGCUUUAAAUCUCCAGGAAUCCAGGAAUUAGACGCGACCUGCUUGGCUCAAACCAUUGGAAACACUUGGGAAUAUGGGAAUGUGUUGACGCGGCGUCGUCGGCGGGCGGAGGAAGGAGGAGGCUGCGGGUUUCUAGGCCGGACAGCGCGUACAGGACGAGUCCGUGUCCAUGUGUGGAGACGUCGCGGCUAUGAGACACCUCCAGGGACAGUGACUGGAAGACACGCGGAGACUUGAGACAGUGAGAGUGACAAGACACCAUGAAAGAGAAGUCUAAAAAUGCCGCGCGGACGCGGCGGGAAAAGGAGAAUAGUGAAUUUUAUGAACUGGCCAAACUGUUGCCGCUGCCCUCCGCCAUCACCUCCCAGCUGGACAAAGCCUCCAUCAUCCGCCUCACCACCAGCUACCUGAAGAUGAGGAUCGUCUUCCCUGAAGGCCUCGGGGAGUCCUGGGGUCAUGUGAGUCGUAAUUCUCUGAAUGGCAUCAGCCAGGAAUUAGGCUCCCAUCUCUUACAGACGUUAGACGGCUUCAUUUUUGUCGUGGCUCCAGAUGGGAAGAUAAUGUACAUAUCAGAAACGGCGUCCGUCCACCUCGGCCUGUCGCAGGUAGAGUUGACAGGAAACAGCAUUUACGAGUACGUCCACCCAGCAGACCAUGACGAAAUGACGGCCGUCCUCACAGCGCACCAGCCAUACCACUCACACUUUGUCCAAGAGUAUGAGAUGGAGCGCUCCUUCUUUCUCAGGAUGAAAUGUGUCCUCGCUAAGAGAAACGCGGGUCUUACCUGUGGAGGCUACAAGGUGAUCCACUGCAGCGGUUACCUAAAGAUCCGACAGUACAGCCUGGACAUGUCUCCAUUUGACGGCUGCUAUCAGAACGUUGGGCUGGUGGCGGUCGGUCACUCGUUGCCGCCCAGCGCCGUCACUGAGAUCAAACUGCACAGCAACAUGUUCAUGUUCAGAGCGAGCCUGGACAUGAAGCUCAUCUUCCUGGACUCACGGGUUGCAGAGCUGACAGGCUACGAGCCUCAGGAUCUAAUAGAGAAGACACUCUAUCAUCACGUCCACAGCUGUGACUCCUUCCACCUGCGCUGUGCUCAUCAUUUGUUGUUGGUGAAAGGUCAGGUCACCACUAAGUAUUACCGUUUCCUGGCCAAGCAAGGGGGCUGGGUGUGGGUCCAGAGUUAUGCAACCAUUGUACACAACAGCCGCUCGUCCCGGCCUCACUGCAUCGUCAGCGUCAACUACGUUCUCACGGAGACGGAGUACAAAGGACUCCAGCUGUCUCUGGACCAGGCCGCGUCCAAGGCCCAGUUCCCCUACAGCAACAGCAGCAGCACGGCCAGCAGCCUCGUGGACAGUUGCAGGACACCCAAGAGCAAAGUGUCCCGGCACAAAACCAAAGCUAGAUUGUCACCGUACACACAGUAUCCCAGUUUCCAGACAGAGAGGUCAGAGUCUGACCAGGACAGUCCGUGGGGCAGCAGCCCUCUCACCGACUCAGCCUCCCCUCAGCUGCUGGAGCAGAGCGAAGGUCUGGACGCCUCCUGUGUGUACAAGCAGUUCACUGAUCCCCGCACACUCUGCUACAGCCCGUCUGAAGAGCAGCAUCACACACACCUCCACACACAUGGUCAAGGUCAGCGCUGUGAGCGGGGUCGAUGCGAGGCGGGCAGAUAUUUUCUCGGAGCGCCUCCGCCUGGCAGCAACAUGCUGUGGGGCACCACCCGGUCCAUCCUGCCGCUGAGCAAGAGCUCUCUGGAGAACCAUGAUGGAUACAACAACAGCAUGCAGCACAUCACAGCUGUCCACAGCUACAACGGCCAGGGCCACUGGGAUGACGACAGUGUGGUCAGCUCUCCAGACGCAGGCUCAGCCAGCGACUCCGGGGAUCGGUACCGAGCAGACCACUACCACUGCAGCCCACAGGAACCCAGCAAGAUCGAGACGCUGAUCCGAGCCACGCAGCAGAUGAUCAAGGAAGAGGAAAGUCGACUUCAGCUGCGCAAAUGUCCUCCAGAUUCUCCAGUGGGACCAGCCAAUGGACUGCCCAAGGGCCCCGGACCAUGCUUCAUUCCCGAGUACACUCAGGGGCAGCUGCCGCUUCAGUCUGUGGUGUGUCGAGGGUUGAAUCAGGUGGUCAGCCCCGCAAAUAGCCCCGCCCCGUUAUCUCAGCACAGCAGUCCGGGAUCUGAGCGCCUCCACAAGCCCAAAGACUACCUCCAGACGGACCUGCCACCCCUUUCUUUGCCACUACAUCACCCACUGGGUCGGUCCGGUCCGUGUUCGGCGUCUCCCACCUUGUACCCCUCCCACAACCAUCCACGGCCAUAUUUGGACAAGCAUACAGCCUACUCCCUGACAGGCUACGCCCUGGAGCACCUCUAUGACCCUGAGAGCCUUCGGGGCUACUGCACGUCCAACAGCACUGGCCCCACUCACUACGACAUGACCCCACACCUCCGCAUGCCGUCAGAGCAGCCCCCCGGACACAAAGGCACCUCCGUCAUUAUCACCAAUAGCAGCUAACACCCACAGUGUGACUGAAGGCACACCGCCUGAGCUGGUUAUCUCUGUUACAGCAUUAAGCUUUUUUUUUUCAUUCUGGAUCCUGUUAGUUUGGUUUUCCAUCAUACCAAUCAAUUCUGAUCCCAUUUGCUGCCUCAUUAUGGAUCCACAUUUCCACUCAAGAGUCUACAGCAGCAAAUGUUAAGCUGUGUAUUUUCUCUAAACAGGUGCUAUGUCUCAAGAGGAAGAGAUUCGGCCUCAUAGUGCUGUUUCAUUGCAGGUUCUGUAAGAGUAACGUCAUCUCACUUUAUGUAUUUCCUCAAUCCCAAAUUAGGUACAGCACCAACUAAACCCAAAUAUACAGUAGAAGUAGUUACAGGGGCUAAGAUGGUGAGAAUUUAAUACCAGAUCCAUAGAUGAGGAUGAGGAUUCCAAGUCAGGCAGACAGAGUCGAUGAGGAGAUGAGGAGACCAUCAAGGAUGGCAGGAACUGAGGGGAACAUGAGAAUGAGACUUCUGUUGUUUUUUUACAACAGAUUCUCACUCAGAAAAAGGGGUUUGAACAUGUCAACAGCAGAGUUUACAAUCUGGCAGCGUAGAGAUGGGAUGAUGAUUGAGCGGUGAGUCUUGGAAAUGCAGUGAUGAGAUGCACCUGGUGGAUCUGCCCUGACUCCUGACACCUGCAGACAAUCACACACACACACACACACACACACAGAUAUGCAGCCCUAAAGCAGGUUUACAGUAAGAGACUCAUUUUCAAGAUAGUGAGAUUAAAGAAAGUUGGGAACUGAAUUCUCUCAAAGAAAAAUAAAUCCCAGUCUAAUAUUUGUUUGAAACAAAUAAAUCCACAAACAAAGGCCUCACUUGGACAACUACGAACCAGGUGUGCUGCUAGAAAAAUUGGUUUAUAUCUCGGUCAGUAACACCCCAGUUUCUCGCUGGAUCUGCUGCGUCUCACGUGCGUCUCUCAUUCACACAGCGAGCGUUUCUGCUGCAGCAUGUUUAACAUAGAGUUUGCCUUUGAAAAUCAUCAUAAAACAUACCUUUAAAUACUAAAUGUUCUCGACUUAAUGCCAAAAGUCUGACCAUAACCAACAACCAACGGCAGAUACACGAACAGGGAUAUAAAACCAGAGAGAGAAAAAGGAGGAAUAACACAUGGCAGAGAUCAUGAACAGCAGUACAACAAAAACAUUUGGAUAUUGAACUGUGUUGUGUAACUGGUCUCAGGUACAUGAGAUGUGUGGCCUUCAUUUGAAUGAUCUCAUGAACAGCAAAAUGGUGCAUUUCAAGUCACGUAAAGUCAGUUUUAUUGACGUAGCCCAACAUCACAAACACAGUUCACCUCGAAGGGCUUUACAGUCUGUACAGCAGGUGACACCCUCUAUCCUUAGACCCUCACAUCGAGUGAGGAAAAACUUUAUAAAAUAUCUAGUGGCAUCACAGGGAGGACAGGCCCAAAAAUAUACACAAAAAAAUGUGUGUUGGAAAGUAUCAAUUGAUCCAAAUUUGAUGAGUAUGAUGGAAAACAGGACUGAGUAGAGAGAACAGUUUAGCAUCUUGGCAACAGCUCCAUCACUUUCAGUUUUUCCCCGUAACUUUUUGCACUAUAAGAGACAGAGUUCUUGUCUUGUGAAGAGGUCUCCUUUCUUUUUCACUGCGUGCGGGCGACUCGGUCGGGUGUGGUGCACUUUUCUGUGAUGCAGGCUGAAGCUGCUAUGCAUCAAUUUCAAACCUCGCAGACUAAUAUGCAAAGCCAUUCUCUAGACGUUUCCUUUCUCUUCACUUUUGUAAUCUUUCAGGAAAGUAAAUGUAGUGAUGCGAGGGUGAUAUAUAUAUAUAUAUAUAUGUAUAUACAGUAUAUAUAUAUGUAUCUCAUCGCAAUAUUAGAGUGCAUGGGGGAAAAGGAUCAAAAGGACCUGAUUUAUUUUCUGCGUCAGAAGAUGAGGGAAGUAUUUCCUCUGUGGACAUCUGUGCUUAUCGUGUCUGAGCGACUGUAGUGGACUGGAACUUGUGAACGUAUGCAAUUUGACCCGUUUGAAUGCUAAGUAGGGCAGCUUAAUUGCAUCACAACCCUGAGGAAACUGUUCAUUAUUGUUAUGUGGGCAUGUUUGUACAACAGGAUUGAAGUUUUCUCUGUCAUUUUUUUCCCUCUCUGCGUCCUCUUUUCAACCCAUAGAAGAACCUAUAUUUAUACGAGUUUUCCUUUUUUUCUUCUCCCUGUUUUGUCACUGCCUGAAAUGUGCUCCAUCUCUUAAAUUUUAUUUAUGGUGUAUUGUAAAUAUGCUCAUAAAAGAAAAUGGCACCACAUUUAAGCACAUGGGCAAAAACUGUAUUUAUUAUUGAGUAAAUGUUUCUUUGUGAUUUUGAAAUAGAGCUUCAAUCAAAUACGGUCUAACUGCUUGUAUGAUGAGUGUAUUUUUGACUAAGGCAGAUGUUAAAUGACGACUAAAUAAAAUCAUUUUACAAACUUUGAUUCAAUGUUUAGAGAAUUAUAAUUAAAAUCACGGUUGAAAACAUAACUUCACUUUCAAUUAAUGCACGUAUACUCUAGAACACUAGAAUGUCCAAAAAAGUAUAACACUUAAACUGUGCUUGUUCAAAAACCUUAAUAUGUAUCAAAAAUUUCAGUUAGGUGAGAAAAGUCCCAAGUCUUGUGAUCCGUUUCAAGUUGA